CAUUCAUGUGAUGUCAUCCCCACCUGCGGAAGUACCUCGCCUGGACACUUAUAAGGACAGGUUGGCAUGGAUCAGUCAUCAGUGUGAAAAGCUAGGGCAUACUGCAGUAGCAAAAUCGUUAGAAUUUAAGCCGGGGCUCAAUGUGUACUCGACUCCCAGACACAAACUCGUGUAUUGUGCUAUACCGAAAAUCGCCUCCACCACCUGGAAAUUCGCGCUCAUCGCUUUAGAAAUGGCGCCACCUGGUAGCAAAGCCGACAUGCAGCAGUUCAAUGUACUCCCGAAAGGUUAUCCGCAUAUGGAUAUCAAUGUCGGGCAGUAUAUUCAGCGCCUAAGCACCAUCAAGAACUCGCGUCGGAAGGCAGCCAUCCUUAGCAACGCCGACACCAAGUUCAUGUUCGUGAGACAUCCGUUCAUUCGCCUCCUGUCGGCAUAUCGUGAUAAGAUUGCCGACGACGCUGACGACAAAGGGUUCCGGAAGUCGUAUCUGAGUAGGAUCCCGAAACACGUCGGCUGGCAGCACGCCGGCGGGAAGAUUAGUACGUCGGUGAGCUUCGUACAGUUCCUCAACAAUGUUCUCGGAACACCUACAGAACGAUUGGACAUCCACUGGGCACGCAUGGUUGACGUGUGCGACCCGUGCGUCAUCAACUACGACUUUGUCGGCAAACACGAAAGCAUGCACGACGACAGCGCCGAACUGCUGCGGCGGAUGGGACUGGCGGAAUCCAUCGACUUUCCCAUGAGGAACGCGACAUACAAGACGACGAGCAGUGAUGACGUCACGCUCAUGCGGACUUACUACAAGAAAGUGCCGCUAGAUCUCGCUCGACAACUGCACGCUAAAUAUGAAGCGGAUUUUCUACUUUUCAAUUACACGUUUCCCGACGAAUUGUUCGCCUAGUGCUGCAUUUCAUAGCACGCAUAAACAUAUGCAAGACGUGAUUUGUAUAUCCGUAUUUUCCAUGUCCAUAAGUACUGUUAUAAAAUUAUUGCGUGUUAGCGAGGGACACAUUAAGGUUUGUGUACCGAGGUAAUCAAUGUUGCCCGCACUGAAGUUCGAGGAUAACAUU